AUGGUGUACUCGACGCAUCUACAGAGCAAGUUCGCUCACAAAGUCGGCGAACCCGUGCCUGAGUUCAACACCGAACAUCCCGCGCAUCCAGCGCUCGUGCACUUCCCAAUCGCAUUCAGCAUUCUCUCAUGGGGCCUGGACAUCCUGUACGCGCUGACGACGACAUGGAUCCGGCCCUCGUUCCUGACCACGCGGUUCGGCGAGCCCUCGACCCUCGUCGACCUGACUCGGCUGUCGUACUUCCUGCUCUGCGCCGGCCUGGUCAGUACAGUCCCGGCCAUCAUGUCCGGCAACAUCCAGCUGGUGGGGAUGAUCAAGAAGAACGGCGGACCGUGGGAGAAGGACAGCGAGGGAAAACAGAAGAGCUCGAUGGUCCCGCGCAUCAAGGCCACCAUCACCCACGCCCUCAUGAACGAUGUCGUCUUCGUCGUCAAUUUGUAUAGUUGGUAUCUUCGCAAGAACAACAAGACUGUCGGCAGGGUGCCGAGCGACUUGAAUCUGGUGAUUAGUAUUGUUCUGUUGCCGUUGCUGGUGACCUCGGCGAAGAUUGGCGGCACGCUUGUCUUCAACCACGGGGUUGGAUUGAAUUUGGGCAGAAAGAAGUGGGAGUAA